AUGGUGUCCUGCAAGGCCAUGGCUGCCCUGCUGGUGGUGCAUGCAGCCGCCAUGCUGGCCUCCCAGACAGAAGCCUUUGUGCCCAUCUUCACCUACAGUGAACUGCAGAGGAUGCAGGAAAGGGAACGGAACAAAGGAGAAAAGAAAUCCCUGAGCGUGUGGCAGAGGUCUGAGGAGGCAGGUCCCCGAAACCCUGAGGAGACCUCCGAGGAAGAAGAAAACAAAAUGAUCAAGCUGACUGCUCCUGUGGAAAUUGGAAUGAGGAUGAACUCCAGGCAGCUGGAAAAGUACCGGGCUGCGCUGGAAGGACUGCUGAGUGAGGCGCUGCCUGGUAAGCAGCCAAAUGACGCUCCAGGGAGAAAGGUGUACCCAUCAGGGAGCCCCGCCCACCUGGAGGAGCGGACAGAACCAGCCCCGCCCAUCAGCUGA